CGAUAAUGCAAGACCUCCAGAUCCAGUAAUGAAGUUGUCUUCCACAUCCUAAUCGAGGCAUGGUUUCAGAACUUUAUUGAAAAUUAUCUACCUUCGUUGCGGCUAAAUUAAGCUUUUUGGGUUCCUAUGCUCGGAGACUUCUUUCCUCAGCGGCUGAACAGAAAUCCCGAUCGAUAUCUCUCAUUCCAAAUUGAUUACUUCCGCGCGGCCGACACACUUCAAAAUUGAAGUGGUUGCACGAAGUGACGAAGACCAUAUGACCUCCUCUCAAUACCACCUUGAUACAUAAGUGCCGUUCCUUUCCCACAACCCCUCCUGGUGGCUCUUCCUUACAGUGCUCCCAAGCUCGCAACCCCAAAUGGCACCACAAAGCACAAUAAUCAUCACCGGCGGGACCGGCUCGCUUGGAUCCUCUCUCGCGCGAGCCCUGGAGACCUCGUACCCCGGCCGCUUCCACCUCUUGCUCACGUGUCGAAACCCGGACGACGAACAUGCGAAGACCAUCUCUACCUUCCUUGAGUCGAAGAAGGGGUCGUUCGCGCUUGAGAAGCUCGAUCUUUCGGAUCUGGAUGGAGUGAGAACGUUUGUUGGGGAUGUGAAGGCGAGGGUUGCGAGUGGGGAGCUGAAGGGGCUGGUGGGAGGAGGGCUGGUGAAUUGUGCUGCGAAUCAGACAUUCUUCAAGGGGCAGAAAUGGAAGGAUGUUAUGUAUACAGUUAAUUGUCUGGCGCCGGCUUUGUUAAUGAGGGGACUUUUGGGAGUGAUGCUCGAGGGGGAGGGGAGCACGGUUGUCAAUGUCGGGAGUGGAGCGUAUGAGAUUGGGAGGUGUGAUUAUUUCGAGGGCAAAGAGGAGAGUGAGGGGAAAGAAGGGGAGAAGGUGGGGUUCUUGGAGGGCAUGAAGAGGUAUGGGAGUUGUAAGCUGGUGACGAUGAUGGUGGGGUUUGCAUUCCAGAGACGACUUUAUACUGUUUAUCCUGAGAACAAGGUCCAUAUCAUCAAUCUGGAUCCUGGCUCGAUGAAUGCUGGAGGCAGACUUCUCGGCAGCGAGCGUCACUGGGUCUUUCCGAUCCUGUAUGGGAUCUUGGGAGUUACCGGGCCAUUGUUGAGGCUCGUGAGGAAAGACGCGAUUAACCCUCCAUCUGUCCCUGCGAAGGCGAUUGCCGAUCUAUUUGGGAGUCCGAAGGAAAGUGAGGGAAGAGUUUGGAAAACGGGGAAAUAUUUUAUAUUGGAUGAUGAGAAGAAGCCAAAUGCCUUGAGCUUGAAUGACGGGAAGCAGGACGAGGUUUGGAAGAACGUGGGCAGAGAUACGGGACUUGGCGAUGGUUUGAAGGUUUAAAGGGUCUAUAACUCCGGAGAUUGGGACAUUUUUCGCUCGGUGGUUUUACGGUUGUUGACAAUACCUCUCUUCUAUACCCUAGCUUCGUUGUUCCAGACAUUGCUGUAUAUUGAGCUUCAUACCUGUACACUCUAAAACCAUAUUUACAUUGCUGAUACACAAGGGCAUGGCUGCAAGGGAUAAAGUGUUCACCACCACAG